AAGGUCCCCCAUAAGAUGGCAGCAAAAACUCCCAGCAGUGAGGAGGAGUCUGGGCUGCCCAAACUGCCCGUGCCCCCCCUGCGUCAGACCCUGGCCACGUACCUGCAGUGCAUGCGACACCUGGUGCCUGAGGAGAAGUUCAGGAAGAGCCAGGCCAUUGUGCAGCGGUUCGGGGCCCCUGGUGGCCUCGGUGAGACCCUGCAGCAGAAACUGUUGGAGCGGCAGGAGAAGACAGCCAACUGGGUGUCUGAGUACUGGCUGAAUGACAUGUAUCUCAACAACCGCCUGGCCCUGCCUGUCAACUCCAGCCCCGCCGUGAUCUUUGCUCGGCAGCACUUCCCUGGCACCGACGACCAGCUGAGGUUUGCAGCCAGCCUCAUCUCUGGUGUACUCAGCUACAAGGCCCUGCUGGACAGCCACUCCAUUCCCACUGACUAUGCCAAAGGCCAGCUGUCAGGGCAGCCCCUUUGUAUGAAGCAAUACUAUGGGCUCUUCUCCUCCUACCGGCUCCCCGGCCAUACCCAGGACACGCUGGUGGCCCAGAACAGCAGCAUCAUGCCGGAGCCUGAGCACGUCAUCGUAGCCUGCUGCAAUCAGAUUCGAAGGCCAUCUAGGAGCUCUUGUAGCCCACCUGACACCCUGGCCAUAGCCCAAGGAAGUUUCCCCAUCUUCAUUCAAAAGUCAAGCCAAAUAUUUCCCAGUUCCCACAGGCCACCGUAUCCACCUCUUCCAGACAUGCUCUGGGACCCUGUACUGGACCAGGCCAUAGAGACACUACUAGGGAUGCGGGCUGAGCUCAGUGGCCCACAGAGGUCUGCGGCAGCCACGAGUGCCUUGCACCGAAGGCACCUGAGCCUUCGUGUUCCAUCUGACAGCUUAUCUUGGGCUUUCUGGUGGACUAAACUUGGUGCUGAACGUAGGGAUGUCUGGGAAUAUUGGGGGGCGUGGGGAAAGAUGGGGCUUCCCUGUCCUGUCUGGGGCUCUGAGCGGGGAAGCCUGGCCUGGAGUGGGACAAGUGCUAGGGCUGUGCCUGCCUCCCCUGCAGACUCCACCAACCGGGACUCGCUGGACAUGAUUGAGCGCUGCAUCUGCCUUGUGUGUCUGGAUGCGCCAGGAGGUGUGGAGCUCAGCGACACCCACAGGGCACUCCAGCUCCUUCACGGCGGAGGGUACAGCAAGAACGGGGCCAAUCGCUGGUACGACAAGUCCUUGCAGUUUGUGGUGGGCCGAGACGGCACCUGUGGUGUGGUAUGCGAACACUCCCCAUUCGAUGGCAUCGUCCUGGUGCAGUGCACCGAGCAUCUGCUCAAGCACAUGACACAGAGCAGCAGGAAGUUGAUCCGAGCAGACUCUGUCAGCGAGCUCCCCGCCCCCCGGAGGCUGCGGUGGAAAUGCUCCCCGGAAAUUCAAGGCCACUUAGCCUCCUCGGCAGAAAACCUUCAACGAAUAGUAAAGAACCUUGACUUCAUUGUCUAUAAGUUUGACAACUACGGGAAAACAUUCAUUAAGAAGCAGAAAUGCAGCCCCGAUGCCUUCAUCCAGGUGGCUCUCCAGCUGGCCUUCUACAGGCUCCACCGAAGACUGGUGCCCACCUACGAGAGUGCGUCCAUCCGCCGAUUCCAGGAGGGACGCGUGGACAACAUCAGAUCAGCCACUCCAGAGGCACUGGCUUUUGUGAGAGCCAUGACUGACCACAAGGCUGCUGUGCUGGCUUCUGAGAAGCUUCUGCUCCUGAAGGAUGCCAUCCGUGCCCAGACUGCGUACACAGUCAUGGCCAUAACAGGGAUGGCCAUUGACAACCACCUGCUGGCGCUACGGGAGCUGGCCCGAGCCAUGUGCAAGGAGAUGCCCGAGAUGUUCAUGGAUGAAACCUACCUGAUGAGCAACCGGUUUGUCCUCUCCACCAGCCAGGUGCCCACAACCAUGGAGAUGUUCUGCUGCUAUGGUCCUGUGGUCCCAAAUGGGUAUGGUGCCUGCUACAACCCCCAGCCAGAGACCAUCCUUUUCUGCAUCUCCAGCUUUCACAGCUGCAAAGAGACUUCUUCUAGCAAGUUUGCAAAAGCUGUGGAAGAAAGUCUCAUUGACAUGAGAGACCUCUGCAGUCUGCCGCCACCUGCCGAGAGCAAGCCAUUGGCAACAAAGGAAAAAGCCAUGAGGCCCAGCCAGGAACACCAACCUUGACUCCUGCCACUAGGUUUCACCUCCCAAACUCAGCCUCUAGAGCAGCCAGACCCUGCCGAUCCCCGCUCCCAUCCCUUACCCCAGCUUGCCACAGCUCCCUGUCCUCAGAGUCCAACCCACAGAUCACACAGAGACAUCACACAGAGUUGGAGUGUUAGGAGAAAAGGGUCCCCUCUUUAUGUAAGGGAAUCGUCAUUUUCAAGGUGCCUUUGGGCCUGUGCACUGGGAAACGGGACCAGCCUGGCUCGGAGGCAGCCUGGAUGCACUGGCGAGCCACAAUGAGGACUCCUGUGGUCCUCGGAAGCUUAGUGUUCAUGUCUCCUUCUCCAGCAGGACCUAGUGUGUCCAGGUGAUGCUUCUGCCCAAUGAAAGGAUGAGUCACCUUAUUACAUGCAAUGUACCUAAAUGAGUUAGGAAGGAAGAGGCUAACUCCAGGUCAUUACCUUUUUUCUUUUUGUGGGGAGAGGAGGCUGUGUUUUGAGAUUCAGAGCAUUCCAAUCGUGGCAUUCUCAGUGCCUCCACUGAGCCGUACAGUCCUGUGAGCACCCGCUCCUCCUAAACACACCACAGAGCCCAAGUCCAUUUAAAAUAUAGUGACUUGGGCCCACAAACACAUUUCUGCUUUCGUGCCCAGGGGCAGCCUUCUGUUGAGCUCAGAAAAUUGUGUCCAGCUAUUCUGAAAGGAAAAAAAAAUUACCUGUGACUGCCCUGGAGUUGCUGCCACUCUCUGCUUAGCAGACGGCAUCAGGGCCAGUCCAAGAAAAGUAAACUGCACAGCCCCAAGCAGAUGGCGCCUGGUGCCGGUGGGUUUGCAAAGGACCUGGCCCCUUCCUGGGGUCCUGCCAUUUGCGUUUUUUCUGCAUCUUUUCCCCUCUCCUCCCCUCCUACGUGCUCCAGUAGGUGGAGAAGAGAGAUGGUUACUUUGGGUUUUUCUGUAAUCUGUUUUAGGACAGAGAUUUUUAAGAAAACCACCCUGACAUUAAUUUCAGAAAAUAUUAGUGAUUCAAGCAGGAUCCUUAGGCAGCUGGGCUCCUUUGUUUGGAGCAGGCUAUCCAGGGACUCUGACAAAAACCCAUGUGGUAGAGCCUAGAGCAGGGCUCUCUUCUGGCCUCAGGGACUGAGGGGACAGCUGGCAGGGAGCAGGGCUGGUAGGAGGGCACAGCCUCAUCCAGAGUCAAACCCAGCCCCAGCUCCAGCUCCAGCUCCACCCCCAGCUCCAGCUCCAGCAUGGGCAGGAUAGACAGGUCAGCCCAGGCAGAGUUGAGAUGUCUGGAGAGACUGUGAUCAUAGAAGAGAUGCAAGAGGCACUUCCCUUUGGAGCACAUUUUUAUGGGAAGUCUAAAGGGCAGGGGAAGGGAGUGAGAAAGCAACCAAAGAAAUCUACAGCACAGAGCCUGUGUGUUCUGCUGCACGUCCCUCCAAUCCUGCUGCUUCCUGCUGAGCACUCUGCUCUAGCCCAGGAAUCCUGUAGGUUUCUCUUCUUUGGGCCACUGUGAAGGCUCUCCAUGCUUUGACCUGGACUGUCAUAGGCCAGCAGAGGUGGGGUGGGCAUUUGACCUUUACUCAGCUCUUUGAAAACACAAGCAGCCUCAAGAAGUGAGUCCCUGAACCCCUGGUUUUAGAUGGAGGAUCUCUAUUACAUGUUGUGAGAGAUUUGGGCACCGCCCUUUGAACAUACAAACUUAAGUCAUUGGCCUGUAGAUUUAUGCUCCUUCCCUCCCACAGCCACCUUCCUGCUCUGCUUAGGAAGUUGCAGCACAAGGGUCCUGGGGUUUUCUGGGGAAAGGCAGCCCACUUGCUGUAAGUUGGCCCAAAGCUACUUGUCUGUUCUUUCCAAAUGACCACAGUGCAGAUCCGAGUUCUCCUCUGGUUCCUUUCCCUCCAUGGAUCUCUGGGCAGACAGAGAGCUCCAGCUAUGGGACCAGGCAGCCCCACCAACCUUGGCCAAAUGACACGCAUGCCCAGAGACUCAAUUCCCUCCACUGUCAAAUGAGAACAAGAAUGUCCCCACUUGCAAGACUAUGAGGAUUGGAGAGCAUGUGUGUCGAGGACCUUGCUGGGUCAACAAUUCAUUUGUGUUUGUCUGGAGUCUGCCAGCAGCAGUAGCCAAUGUUUAAAAGACACAGGGGCCAGGAGAGAAAAGGGAGGAAAGAAUUAAGUCUCUCCUAGUCUAUGGCAUGCCAUCACGGGGUCGAGUAGGGGCAGGGAGGCUUCAUGGGGCCUACCUUUGGGAUGACAUUACCCCAGUGGACAUUGUUUGGGUGGUUUUCUUUUAAACUAUUUACACUGAUAUGACAGACCCAAACUCAUAUCUGCUCCAAGCACAUGGAAAGGUAAUUCACUCUGCACAUUGGGAUAUCAAACUAUGCACUGUGAGGGCUAUGAGAAACGCAAACAGUAAAUGCCUGGCAGGAGGGAACACUUCCUCUCUCUGAGGAAGAGGCUGGAAGCUGGUCUUCCCCCUCCAAUAAUACACGGGUGCACUGAGUCUUUAUGCAACGGCAACACUGAGCCAUGGCCAAGGGCAUCUCUACGGGGAUCCUGGGAAAGCAGCCUGCUCCAGGUGUCUCCAAAGAGAUGGAAAAUGAGAUAGUCAUUUGGAACAGUGAUGCAUAUGUAUGUGGCCACCUUACAAUACUGCU